CGUAAGGGGAAUUAAGGGAGAGCAUGGCGAUGGAAGGACUACAAAUCCCGGUCGCUUGCGUGAAAAAUAAUUCGCCCCUUUAUAUUAGCCUAUUCCCCCACACCAUCCGCAAUCUCAUUCACUGAGUGGCAGCGUCGGAGACAACAGCCUACUUCCGUCUCUCGGUCCUGCGCGAGGAUUCGAGCCUCAAUACGGAUUCUGCUCAGCUGUUUGAGAGAGAAACAAGCUUCCCCACGAGGACUUAAUGCAGUGACAACUAAACAAAGAGCUAUCAAAUCACCACUGACCAGAAAAACGAAAAACAGGACUGAAAAAAACAAAACUAUACAAAGGACCUAUUAUCUUCUCCAAAUCCAAACAUCUCAGAUAGCUUACAUAGUUCCCUUAGUGUUUUGCUUGCGUGUUGCCUGUCAACAGAAUUACUUCAUAGAAAUAACGGUCGGGCUGGCUCGCUGGAAUCACACAGUUGAAAAACGUUAUGUUUUUCUAUCCAACCCAGAUAGCGCUGUUUAGUUGUUUGUGAGAUAUUUGUAUUUAUUUAUUUUAGCCCAAAUGAGGAGCAUACAUAGUAUGUUUGUGAUAUAAGCAAAGCAGCAUUGCUCUGCUAAGUGCAAACAGCAAUGCAGCUGAAUCAUGUCCAUUGCUAGAGAGUCCCACCAGCACCAACACAGGUCUCCAUAUCUACUGUCAGGGCAGUGUACUUUCUACUGCUGUCUGCCCAGAAGUAGUACUAGUCACACUAGUACUGUGUGCUAAUGUGGCUCUAGCUAUCCACUCUGAGACACUGGCCCCCAGAAAGAGUAGUUGCUGCCCGAGCAACAGCUAAUGGGGAUCCAAAUAAGCUAAACUGAGAUACAGUGAUACUCAAGCCGUAGUUAUCUUCAGUAGCCCAACAAACACAAUGAUGUCAUCAGACAAUGACGAGACGGGCUCCGACCUAUCAGAUUCCCUGGAGGUCCGUGAGGUCCUACAGUUCCAGAACCAGUAUCAGUACAUGACCCAUGACACAGGGAGCUGCUUCAAGUCCAAGAGUCUCCCCAUCCUGAAUGGGCCCUGUCUGUCAGGCUGUGAUGAGCCUCUGCUGGGGGAACCACGUCUGGUCCAUACCACCCAAACCUCCAUGGCCACAGCAGCCACCGACCACCACAGCAGCCAGCUCCAUCGUCAAACCCCCACUGACCCUGACUCUAGCCAGGCAGAGUCUCCCUCCUCUCUGACAGACUUCAAGCUCCAGUCCCCCUCAGCCUCCAGCCUGAUGGGGCUGAGAAGCUCCAUGGCCACUGAAGCCAGGGAUAAGAAACUAGGCUUCUCUUUAACCCGCUUCCUCCGUAUCCCCGCCAGGAAGUAUGUGCAAGCCAUCCUGGCAGACUCGCGCUGCUUCCUGUUCUGCAUGUGCUACCUGACGUUCAUCCAGUCGCUGAUGGUAUCGGGCUACCUGAGUAGCGUCAUCACCACCAUCGAGAAGCGUUACAGCCUCCGCAGCUCCGAGUCCGGCCUUCUUGUCAGCUGCUUUGACAUCGGCUCUCUCUUCGUCGUCGUCUUCAUCUCCUACUUUGGAGGCAGGGGUCAGAGGCCGCGUUGGCUGGCGGUAGGAGGGGUGUUCAUAGCCAUAGGGGCGGCUCUGUUCUCCUUGCCACACUUCAUCUCACCACCCUACCAGAUCCAGGAGCUCAACUCGUCCACGGGCCACGAGGGUCUGUGCCAGAGCGGGAACGGCAGCGGGCGGGAUGCCUUGGACGUGGCGUCGUGCCCCCGAGACCAGGAGGGUAACGAACACAACCUGUACGUGGCGCUAUUUAUCUGUGCACAGAUCCUGGUGGGUAUGGGGUCGACGCCCAUCUAUACCCUGGGACCCACCUACCUGGACGACAACGUCAAGAAGGAGAAUGCCUCCCUCUACCUCGCAUAG